CCCGCCUCAUUGUAUUUUGUGCAAAGCACUUAAUGCUAUCUAAGAUUACCUUGUUCAUCUCUUUAUUAUUAUUUUAUUAGGAAUUUUAUCUGUCAUAUUAAUGAAUACAUUCCCCCUCCCUCUGAGGAGUGCCUGGAUGAAUUGGUAAAUAUGUUGUAGUUUUUAAUCUUCAUGGCAAUCUGAAGCUCAGGGAGGCUGGUAAAUUAUUUGACUUCUCAAGUCCUCAAGGCAUUUUCUUUUCUACUAUAAUCCUGAUGGCUGAUCUGUGUCCUAUUUGCAAUUAGUUUCAUAUUUUUAGUUUGAGUAUAGAGAAGGAAAAAGACAUAUAUCAGGAUAAACUAUUGCAUACAAGACCCAUAUCCCUGAAAGAAGAUAUUCUGCAGAUGUCCAAAGGCAAUGAGUUUCUUUAAAAAAAUUUUUCUUUUAAUGUUUAUUUUUGAGGGAGAGAGAAAGAGACAGAGUGCAAGCAGGGGAGGGGCAGAAAGAGAGAGGGAGACACAGAAUCCGAAGCAGGCUCCAGGCUCCGAGCUGUCAGCAGAGCCCACGGUGGGGCUCGAACUGAGGAACUGCGAGAGCAUGACCUGAGUGGAAGUCGGAUGCUUAACCGACUGAGCCACCCAGGUGCCCCAAAGGUCAUAAGUUUCUUAAUGGCACUGUUCACCAGUAAAGGUCAGGGUAUAAAGAAAGAAGGAAAGAAGAAAGGAAGGAAACUUACCUUCAUUAAGCAUGUAGUAGGCACAAGGCACAAAACUGAGUGUUUUCACGUAUGUUACCUAAUUUGAAUCUCAAAGCAGUUCUACAAGGUUGAUAUUGUUACCCCAGUUUCAUAAGUGGAAAAACUGAGGCUCAAAGAGUUAAAUACUUUGCUCCAGGUGAUACAUAUAUUAAGUGGAAGUGCCAGAUUUUUUAAAUCCGAGUCUACCUGACACCGAAUUUCUGACUUUUUAUGCUCAGAUGGUUGCUUUGCAAGAUGGAUAUGCUCCUAAAAUAGAAAAGAGGAAAAUGUGAAUUCAGUGCAUAUCCACACAGAUUAUAACAAAUAUCUGAAGCACAAGAAUAAGUUAUACGGACAAUAUGGAAAACAGACUUACAAUAUUCAGUGCCUGAGCAUAUAAUUGGAUGAAUAGAAUACAGAGUGAACAUUUGGUUCUCUGGCAGAGCUUAUGUACGGUAUGACAUAGAGCAGCUGUCUCCAGAGAAAGUUCUUUGUUUCUAGACCGGUGCGACACAAGCAGUAUUUGAGCAAUUCGGGAUUUUUUUCUGCUUUGUCUAUAAAUAGAGUUCAUGGAAUUCUGCAUGUCAAAGUUAAUGCAAUGAAAAGAAGUCACAGAGUAUGGAAAUAAACCUUAACUCAUUCUAUAAACUAAGAAACAUGUUUGGCAUCAGGAGGCCGUAUAAACGCUGUCAUUACUUGGAUGGAUUCUGAGGUCUUAUUUAGCAUAUGAAAUUGCAGAGCAGAUCCUAUUAUGUAAGGAGAUAGGAGGACAGCAUAAUGUGGCUAUAAACCGAAGAACUUUGUGCCCUUCAGGGAAGAGUUAACAGGAUAGAUAUACGUAGAGAUGUGUGAUAAGAAUGUGGAAAAUGAAUGAAUGGGUGGCAUAUAUAUGUGACUGUUGCUGAAGCCGGGUUGCUGGAUAAUCCUCAGAUGUCAGAUUUCCGUAAGGCCAACAUGUGACUCAAAGCUUGCCACUCAACAGAGAAUACUGGGCUGUGCUGGUAUUAAGAGGCUGGCUGGAAGCUAGGCUCCCACUGUGCACUAGCCUAACUCCCUGUCGUUUUCUGUGUGUGGGUGGGUGUGCAUGUGUGUGUGUGUGUGAGGGUAUACAUUUUUAUGCAGUGGGUGUUUAAAGAGCUAAGCACUGAAGCUGGAUUUCCACAAACGAUCAUCACGAGCACUCCAGACAAACCAAACUUCCUCUCUUGGAUGGAGGAUGAAGCUGUCCUGGACAGAGGAGCCUCCUUCCUUAAACAUGUGUGUGAUGAAGAAGAAGUAGAAGGCCACCACACCAUCUACAUUGGGGUCCAUGUGCCGAAGAGCUACAGGAGAAGGAGACGCCACAAGAGAAAGACAGGGCACAAAGAAAAGAAGGAAAAAGAAAGAAUCUCUGAGAACUACUCUGAUAAGUCAGAUGUGGAAAAUGCAGAUGAAACCAGCAGCAGCAUCCUCAAACCUCUCAUCUCUCCUGCUGCAGAACGUAUCCGAUUCAUCUUGGGUGAGGAGGAUGACAGCCCCGCACCCCCUCAACUCUUCACCGAACUGGAUGAGCUGCUGGCCGUGGAUGGGCAGGAGAUGGAGUGGAAGGAGACAGCGAGGUGGAUUAAAUUUGAAGAAAAAGUGGAACAGGGUGGGGAAAGAUGGAGCAAGCCCCAUGUGGCCACAUUGUCCCUUCACAGCUUAUUUGAGCUGAGGACAUGUAUGGAGAAAGGAUCCAUCAUGCUUGACAGGGAGGCUUCUUCUCUCCCCCAGUUGGUGGAGAUGAUUGUUGACCAUCAGAUUGAGACAGGCCUAUUGAAACCUGACCUUAAGGAUAAGGUGACCUAUACUUUGCUCCGGAAGCACCGGCAUCAAACCAAGAAAUCCAACCUUCGAUCCCUGGCUGACAUUGGGAAGACAGUCUCCAGUGCAAGUAGGAUGUUUACCAACCCUGAUAAUGGUAGCCCAGCCAUGACCCAUAGGAAUCUGACUUCCUCCAGUCUGAAUGACAUUUCCGAUAAACCAGAGAAGGACCAGCUGAAGAAUAAGUUCAUGAAAAAACUUCCACGUGAUGCAGAAGCCUCCAACGUGCUUGUUGGGGAGGUUGACUUCUUGGAUACUCCUUUCAUUGCCUUUGUUCGGCUCCAGCAGGCGGUCAUGCUGGGUGCCCUGACUGAGGUCCCUGUGCCCACAAGGUUCUUGUUCAUUCUCUUAGGUCCUAAGGGGAAAGCCAAGUCCUACCAUGAGAUCGGCAGAGCCAUUGCCACCCUGAUGUCUGACGAGGUGUUCCAUGACAUUGCUUAUAAAGCUAAAGACAGGCAGGACCUGAUUGCUGGUAUCGACGAGUUCCUCGAUGAAGUCAUUGUUCUUCCACCUGGGGAAUGGGACCCAGCAAUCAGGAUAGAGCCUCCUAAGAGCCUUCCAUCAUCUGACAAAAGAAAGAAUAUGUACUCAGGUGGAGAGAAUGUUCAGAUGAACGGGGACACGCCUCAUGACGGAGGCCACGGAGGAGGAGGAGGAGGACAUGCGGAUUGUGAAGAACUGCAGCGAACUGGACGGUUCUGUGGUGGACUCAUUAAGGACAUAAAGAGGAAAGCACCAUUUUUUGCCAGUGAUUUUUAUGAUGCUUUAAAUAUUCAGGCUCUUUCAGCAAUUCUCUUCAUUUAUCUGGCAACUGUAACUAAUGCUAUCACUUUUGGAGGACUGCUUGGGGAUGCCACUGACAACAUGCAGGGCGUGUUGGAGAGCUUCCUGGGCACAGCUGUCUCUGGGGCCAUCUUUUGCCUGUUUGCCGGUCAACCACUCACGAUUUUGAGCAGCACAGGACCUGUCCUUGUCUUUGAGAGGCUUCUAUUCAAUUUCAGCAAGGAUCAUAAUUUUGACUAUCUGGAGUUUCGCCUUUGGAUUGGCUUGUGGUCAGCCUUCUUGUGUCUCAUUUUGGUAGCCACAGAUGCCAGCUUCUUGGUUCAGUACUUCACUCGCUUCACAGAAGAGGGCUUCUCUUCUCUGAUUAGCUUCAUCUUUAUCUACGAUGCUUUCAAGAAGAUGAUCAAGCUAGCUGACUACUACCCCAUCAACUCCAACUUCAAAGUGGGCUACAAUACUCACUUUUCCUGUGCCUGUGUGCCUCCUGACCCAGUUAAUAUCUCAAUAUCUAAUGACACUACACUGGCUCCAGAGGAUUGGCCAACUGUUUCUUCUACUGACAUGUACCAUAAUGCUACCUUUGACUGGGCAUUUUUGUCCACGAAGAAGUGUUUGAAAUACGGAGGAAAGCUCGUGGGGAACAACUGUGAUUUUGUUCCUGACAUCACUCUCAUGUCUUUCAUCCUCUUCUUGGGCACCUACACCUCUUCUAUGGCUCUGAAAAAAUUCAAAACGAGUCGUUAUUUUCCAACCACGGCAAGAAAACUGAUCAGUGACUUCGCCAUUAUCUUGUCCAUUCUGAUCUUUUGUGUAAUAGAUGCCCUGGUGGGUGUGGAUACUCCGAAAUUAAUUGUGCCAAGUGAGUUCAAGCCAACAAGUCCAAACCGAGGUUGGUUUGUCCCACCAUUUGGAGGAAACCCCUGGUGGGUGUACCUUGCAGCUGCGAUCCCUGCUUUGUUGGUCACCAUUCUGAUUUUCAUGGACCAGCAAAUCACAGCUGUGAUUGUGAACAGGAAAGAGCAUAAACUCAAGAAAGGAGCUGGAUAUCACCUGGAUCUCUUCUGGGUGGCCAUCCUCAUGGUGGUGUGCUCUUUCAUGGCUCUUCCGUGGUAUGUGGCUGCAACUGUCAUUUCCAUUGCUCACAUUGACAGUUUGAAGAUGGAGACCGAGACUUCUGCACCUGGAGAACAACCAAAGUUUCUAGGAGUGAGAGAACAAAGAGUCACUGGAACCCUCGUGUUUAUUCUGACUGGUCUGUCAGUCUUUAUGGCUCCCAUCUUGAAGUUUAUUCCCAUGCCUGUACUGUAUGGCGUGUUCCUUUAUAUGGGGGUAGCAUCCCUUAAUGGUGUACAGUUCAUGGAUCGUCUGAAGCUGCUUCUGAUGCCCCUGAAGCAUCAGCCAGACUUUAUCUACCUGCGCCAUGUCCCCCUGCGCAGAGUCCACCUGUUCACUUUCCUGCAGGUGUUAUGUCUAGCCCUGCUCUGGAUCCUCAAGUCCACUGUGGCUGCUAUCAUUUUCCCAGUCAUGAUCUUGGCACUUGUAGCUGUCAGAAAAGGCAUGGACUACCUCUUCUCCCAACAUGACCUCAGCUUCCUCGAUGAUGUCAUUCCAGAAAAGGACAAGAAAAAGAAGGAAGAUGAGAAGAAAAAGAAAAAGAAGAAAGGAAGUCUGGACAGUGACAAUGAUGAUUCUGACUGCCCAUACUCAGAAAAAGUUCCAAGUAUUAAAAUUCCAAUGGACAUCAUGGAACAGCAACCUUUCCUAAGAGAUAGCAAACCUUCCGACAGAGAAAGAUCACCAACAUUCCUUGAACGCCACACAUCAUGCUGAUAAAAUUCCUUUCCUUCAGUCACUCGGUAUGCCAAGUCCUCCUAGAACUCCAGUAAAAGUUGUGCCUCAAAUUAGGAUAGAACUUGAGCCUGAAGACAAUGAUUAUUUCUGGAGGAGCAAGGGA